AUGACCAUUACGUCCGAACAUCCGCUGUUUGUACUAAUUGGUGCUCAUGACUACACGCAAGCUGAUCUAUCUAGGCAAUUGCGACGCGUGCAGUAUGUAGCUGUUCACCCGAAACACAAUAUAACCGCGAUUGGUAAUGGCUACGACAUCGCGAUAUUAAAGUUAUUCGAGCCUAUUAUUCCAGGUAACGUGUUGGACUACUGGCUUGAAAUUUUGCCAAAGUUAUUAUCAUCUGCUGUGCAUAUAGCAUCGCUAUACUUCUACUGCUUUUUAAUUACAUAUAAAUAGUUUAUUAUCGGUAGUACUUUUUUUCGCUCGUAAAUUGUACUACGGAUUUGCCUGUCACCGUCGCCGUCGUCCUCCAUCUCAUUUUAUCAUCUGUGUCAUACUUUUUUCGUGUAAAUUUCUAUGCGCUCUAGCCAGCUUUUGACUUAUCAUUCUAUGAAGUACCCAACGCUUCAUAUCUAUGCGCACAAUUUUCCUUUGAACUUUUCAAGACGAGCGUGUGUCGCCGAUCUGUUUUCCGAGCGGACGCGUUGAGCUGCCACCAGGCUACGCCUGCUUCUACGUCGGUUGGGGAGCUAUGGUCCCGAACUGGUCAACUGGAGAAAAAAAAUAUCCAAAGACGCUGAGGGAGGCCGAAGUCAAAUUCGAGUUGGAUGAGAGCUGCUGGGAGGAAUAUGGCUCCCAGUAUGCCCAGAGUAAUUCAUGCAUAGAAACCACAGGCAAGGUAAAUCAUGAAGACUGUUCAAAAGCCGACAGCGUUUUCCUGCAGGUUAUUCGCAAAAUACAUUGGUACUCAAUUUAUGAAAAUAGUAUUUAUUUUCAAUAUGGCAUUAACCACAAUGUAACGGAGUACUGAUAUGGACAUUUUUGGCUAAUCAUUCGUCAUUAGUCCGCCAUACCCAACACCAAGUUUUCAAUAUUUAAGGCUCGAAUUCGCGUCCAGGUGGUUUGCAUGCCGAGGCUGUAACCACUGAUCUACGUCCCUGUGCUGCCGUCGGUUUCAGUCGAGGCAUACCCACUGGAUGAGGAUGCCUACCGAUCGUGUUAAAGAGGAAUACCUGUCCCGUUGUGUAUUUACGUUCGAGCGUUCGGCUUUUGUCUGACGGCAUACAGGUCCGAGCCUUGGCAGUUGCAAAAUUGCGAUUGGGUACGGCCGAAUGAUGAUUGCUUAUAAGCCAGAAAGGGUCACUUCAGUGUCGCAAUGCUAUUCUACCUAUACUGACAGUCUCUCUGUGUCGAUCUGUGAGGUACUAGAUCAAGCCUGGUGCACGUUUCGAGACUGGAGAGCAUCCCUCUACCAUUACAUUCAUGGUAUCUUUUGAAAUCGCCAAUCCCUUUGCUCAUAUGCGUGCGUGUUUCCACUAUGCGGUAAACAAGAGGCGAGCUUAUAGUUAUUGGGAUUAAGCAACAACGCAUAUUUCUACGCCUGUCCAUCACUUUCGAAAUUAUAAUGAGGUACCUUGGCACACAAACUAUUAUAAUAGGUUCUUCAUACAAACAUUUUAUCCUACGGUAUUUGGUUUUUGCCAAUGCAGUCACACGAGCUAAUUCUUCCCAUUUGCAAUGUUGUUCACAAAUGCAAGUUUACUAUGAUUGCUUUGUCUUUAUUCAUUCAUUCUGUCGGGUCUAGAACCUAAACCACCGUUUUUACCCUUUAGAGCAUAGGUUCUGGAGACAGUGGAGGUGGACUAUCCUGUCCUUCAACGGAUGGCGGAGGUUGGUUCUGGUAUGGAUUGCUGGAAAGCACAGCAACUGACGGUCCAGCAGAUUAUGCGAUCGUCACCAAAGUCAAAGUUGUUCACAAUUGGAUUAAACUGACAUCAAUAUCUCUGGGCUUGUAAUGCGCCUGCUAUGGAGCUGUUAAUUUGGCUUGAAUAAACAUAUUUUGUGGUUAGGGAACGAAACUGAGCGUCAAUAGAAGCAAUCACGAUGCUCUUAAAGCCGUAGCUUUGGAGGUUGACAUCCGAGGGGUUAACUUGACGUCGAUGUCGGCCCUGUGCGUUUUUGUGGGUUGAAUGGCUGACUGAUAGACUGUUAAUCACGCUAAGAAGGCUGCUUCUCAUUGCGGCCUCUAUGACUAUCGUACUCCGUUGGAUUUGUGCAGGGUGUAUGGCCCGGUGCGUGUUGUUUGUCGGUUGAGUGGCCUACUGGUGGAAUGAGAAUCAGGCUGAAAUGGAUCCUUCUCAAAGCGGUCUCUAUGGAACACCCGCUCCCUCGCCGGUCCCCUGAGCUCUUUCCCGCCUCUGGUUUCAUUGACUCUGUCCUGACUCCGGAACUAGGUGCAGGAAGAUAACAGAAGGUGCGGUAGAUGAAAAGCAAGUCUGCUGCCAUGCUGCUCCCAUGCAAAAUCCUGUAUUCGCUCUUACCCAGGUGUAGAGCACAUAGUGGAUAUAGUCGGACGGGAUGAACGAUAAUUUGGCAUGCAUAAACAUAUUUUUAUUCAGGAAACGAACGUGAACCAAGUCGCAUGCAAAUCCUGCAGUUCACACUUUUUGAAAUAUCUACAAGUGUCUACCUAUUUACUUUACUGCUUAAGUCCAGCAAAGUACUGUUAAAUCAAGUGAGCAGAUACUUCCCUUUUACUCCAGACCAGAGGGCAAAUACAUUCAUGAGGUACUACUGAGAAACACGCAAAUAAAUUUAUUCGGUGUCUAGGUAUUGGUGUUCGAAUGUCCAGUCGUUAUGUUUGACGUAAAGUAGGUGGUGUCUGCCAAUACACGUCAAUGGGUCGUGCAAGCAGGUACCUUCGAAGAUGCGGCAUUUCUUUAAAAUCUGGUAGCUGAAGAGCUGAAACGUCUUAAAAAUCAUGAAAAAAAUUGAUUGGCCUCUCAUGUCCCACGGAAAAGGCUUCGUCGUCUUCCCAGUGUAAGCAUUCGCGGAGACAAUUGCUGUGCAAAAUUGUUGCGAUCAUGACAAAAACUUCAAAAUAUCGAAAAGGUCCGACGGCAUGUUUAAUAUACUAGCAUGAGCAAUUGUACAGAUUACAAAUUGUCGUUGAGUAUUCCAAGGCUGGCCAGGAUCAAGGCAAGUAAUUACUAAGGACAAACUCUUCAAAAUAUCGAAAAGGUCCGACGGCAUGCUUAAUAUACUAGCGUGAGCAAUCGCACAGAAUACAGAUUGAGAUUGAUUUGUCAUAAAGAAUUCCAAGGCUGGCCAGGAUCAAGACAAGUAAUUAGUAAGGACAGAGGAUAUCAACGUACCAGAUACGUAAACUGUGGGCCGCUACUAAAGUUUAAGCUGCCGAAUAGACUACUGUUUGCGACCUGAUGCUAGUUUGGUGGGGAGAAGUGUCCGCCAUCGUCUCCGUAGCAUGCCUCAUAAAGAAUCGAAAACUGUUAUUACAAUAGUAUAGCAGACAGCACGCAGUCCAGGAUGGCCAUCUCUACUCAAGACAGAAUCGUUGAACUCAUUUGACCUGCCAGCAAUGAACUUAUCUUAACUUCCUCCUGAUUAAUUUUGUGUAUCUUUUCACGCCUAGGGCAGGGACAUCUGUAGCCCUAGAUAUAUGAUAAUCUAUACAUAUAUAUAUAUAUAUAUGGAAGAAGGUAAGGAGGUCUCUGGGGAGGAUGAUUUAUUCAUCUGAAGUUUCACACUCAUACGUGAGCGCAUCAUCAGAGAUAGAAUAAAAUUGGAAUACAAGGUUUAAAUAGGUCUCUCUUACUCGCUACUGAUAGGUCCAUUGUUCGCUCUUCCCACUGGCCCUCCCUUCCUGACCAAAUAAUAUCUGACGGCCUCGUAUGGCGCCGGUAGGUCGAUCCUACGGUUGAUCGAGUUGGCUUUGGAUUGUCAGGCUUUGAUUAUCUCACGCGCCAUUUGCUUUCCGCUCGGCCGAUUACUUCUGCCUUGUCGAAGCCGAACUGAUGGUUGUAUUCGAGGCUAUGCAUAGCAACAGGUCCCAGCAGACAAAGGACGGGCAACCGUGAUUCUGGACAAGUCAGGAGCUACUCAACGAUAACCAGUCGUACAAAGUCAUUAACUCCGACACCAUGAAAACACUGGUGGCAAUAAUCAAUAAGAGUCUGAAUCUAAUGUGCAACCAACAGGCAAUAUCUGAGACAGAUUGGCGACAGAUGAAACCACACGAUGCUGCCAUAGCACGCUUCUAUGGUCUGCCAAAGAUCCACAAACCAAACGCUCCCUUACGGCCAAUUGUGGCGCUGAAAGGCACACCUACCUACGGUCUGGCUAAGUGGCUUAGCAACCAUCUGAAGAAGCUGACGGAGGGCUCAGAACACACAGCUGUAUCCCCAACACACUUCUUGGAAAGACUCCGAGGCGUCAAAAUAACCCCCGACGAAAUAAUGGUGUCCUUCGACGUCGUCUCUCUUUUCACCUACAUCCCUAAAAAAUUAGCCACGGGGGUCAUAAGUGACCUACUGGAGAGGAGGUACGAUGAAGAGGAAAGACCUCUGAAAAGGAAGCACAUAAUGGAGCUACGGGACUACUGCUUGAGCACGUACUUUACGUUUAAUGGCCAGGUGUACGAGCAAAUCCAGGGAACUCCGAUGGGAUCGCCAAUCUCCGGCUACCUAGCUGAGGCGGUUCUACAAGAACUGGAAACACGGGUCUUUCUGUCCUACAUGCCCAAAUUCUGGAUGCGCUAUGUGGAUGACACCUUUGUCAUCCUACCUCGAGACAUGAAAGAAACGUUCAAAAGCAAAUUGAACUAAAUUUUCCCCCAAAUUUAAUUCACAAUGGAGGAAGAAAAAGACGGAGAAAUCCCCUUUCUGGAUGUCCAGGUGUCGAGACAGGAAGACGGAGCCCUCCAAACUGGUGUCUUUCGAAAGGCGACCGAUACGGCGAAAAUCCUCCAUUACAGCAGUAACCACCGUUUGUCACGUAAACGUAGUUGCGUGCGGACACUCUUCCUACGCAUCAACACACACUGCAGCACAGAGGCUGAAAAGCUGCGAGAGCGUAAAUCCCUAUGGCGUCUCUUUCUCUCCAAUGGGUACCCACGUAGCUUCAUAAACAAAUGCCUGUAUCAAAGGCACACGAAGACCGAUGGUGAACAAAAACAAAAACCUGAAUUCUUCCGUCCUUUGCCCUACGUGAGUGACGUUUCCGAAGCCACUGAACGCAUGCUCAGACCACUUAACGUGGGCCUUGGACACCGGCCGGAGGUCACUAUCCGCCGUUUGCUCAUGCAGCUCAAGGGGCGGCUACCACCUGAGGACACGUCAGGAAAUGUUUACCGCAUCAACUGUCUAGACUGUCCGGCCAAUUACUGUGGCAUGACCGACAAACGAUUAAGGUCACGCAUGCAUGAGCUUUCUCUAGCUGUAAAGCGAAAAGAUGUACGAUCACAUGUUGCUAUGCAUAGCCUCGAAAAUAGCCAUCAAUUCGGCUUCGACAAGGCAGAAGUUAUCGGCCGAGCUGAAAGCAAAAUGGCGAGAGAGAUAAUCGAAGCCUGGCAAUCCAACGUCAACUCGAUCAACCGUAGGAUCGACCUACCGGCGCCAUACGAGGCCGUCAGACAUUACUUGGUCAGGAAGGGAGGGCCAGUGGGAAGAGCGAACAAUGGACCUAUCAGUAGCGAGUAAGAGAGACCUAUUUAAACCUUGUAUUCCAAUUUUAUUCUAUCUCCGAUGAUGCGCUCAAGUAUGAGUGUGAAAGGUCAGAUGAAUAAAUCAUCCUCCCCAGAGAUCUCCUUACCUUCUUCCAUCUCAAUACCUGGGGUCGGCAUUUUCGCCUAUAUCCAUAUAUAUAUAUGGUCAUAGGUAAAAUUGCUGACCCCAGGUGUUGGGAUUGAAGAAGAUGGUAAGGCGAACUCUGGGAAUGAUGAUUUAUUCAUCUGACGUUUCACACUCAUACUCGCGCGCAUCAUCGGAUAUAGGAUAUAUGAGUACUGCACGGUUUAGUAAGGUCCCUCCCGCUCACCCCUGAUAGGGCCAUCAACUGAUAUCCUUAUUGGAUCUCCCCUGUUGCGUAGGUGGUGUUUGGUGGCCUCGUAUGGUGCCGGUAGGUUGACUCUGCGGUUGAUGGAGUUGACGUCUGUUUGCCGGGCCCCGAAAAUUUCUCGCGCCAGUCCGUUUUCCCUCGACCGAGCACUUGGGCGCCGUCAAAAUCAAACCGAUGGUCACUUUCUAGAUUGUGCAUGGCAACGUGUGAGCGUGCAUCUUUCCGCUUGACUGCUAAAGUCUGCUCAUGCAUGCGCGUGUUGUGUCGUUUUUUGUCAAGCCUGACAUUCUAGGCAGUUGACGCGGUAAAUGACAUGUCCUCAGGGAGCAACCUACCCUUUGGCUGCAUGACUAAUCGGCGGAUGGUGGCUUCCGGUCGGUGUCCAACGCCCACGUUAAGUGGUCUUAGCAUAGUCUCAGUGGCCUCAGAGAUGUUCCUCAUGUAGGGCAAGACACGGAGUACCUCAGGUUUUUGGUUCGCCUCACCGUCAGUCUUUGUGUGUCUUUGGAACAGACAUUUGUUUACGAAGCUACGUGGGUUUCCAGUAACAAGGAAGAGGUGCCACAGCGACGCACGCUCUUGUAGCUUCUCGGCCUCUGUGCUGCAGUGCGUGUUGAUGCGGUGAAAAAGUGUCCGGACGAAACGGCGUUUAUGCGACAGGGGGUGGUUGCUGUUGUAGUGGAGCAUUUUCUCUGUGUUUGUAGGUUUUCAGAAAACACCGGUCUGGAGGGUUCCAUUUUCCUGUCUCGAUACCCGCACUUCGAGGAAAUUGAGCAUUCCGUCCUUUUCUACCUCCAUUGUAAAUUGGAUUUGUUGGAAGGUGGAGUUUAAUUCUUUUCUAAAGGCCUCCUUCACAUCUCGGUGUAGGAUGACAAGGGCAUCGUCCACAUAGCGCAUCUAGCAUUUUGGCUUAUAGGACAAUUUCCUUGCAGUGCCGCCUCAAACAGGUAGCCGGAGAUCGGGAAUCCCAUCAGAGUUCCCUGGAUUUGCUGGAUUUGUUGAGGUCUGACCUAUUUUUUGCCUGUACUGUGGUUAUAUACCGACGUCAAUUUUAUUGCUAACCACAUCGUUGGCACACCCGUGGCAGACUCUUGCCUGUCAGGCCGAAUACCAAUCAGAUCUCAAAUAUGAUGGAUGUAGGUAUCUGUUUCACGACCCUCACCGUCGAUCUGUGCAGCAGUUUUGCUUUACCCGAACAAGCCUGACUUGACGAAAUUUAAUCUGCUGUUUGCCCUCAUAAUACUAAAACAGAUUAGCAAAACGGUGUAGGCCCCGAGGGCUUUGUCUCAGACACAGCGAAUACCCAUUAUUUGACGGACUUCACGGAGCACAUGGGCUAGCAACUUUGGGAAAACAUGCCCUUUAUGUAAGGGCCCCAUGGUAUGCGCCCCGACACGAGAUCCGAGGCGUCCCUCUGCUGUUUUGGUGAAGACCUGCAGGUGGCAGGCGUGUGGCUCGCGUAGACGGAUUGUACAGCCCACACAUGAACGGUUGUUUUAAUAGACAAGGGCGCUAGGUUUGAGAGCAAGGGUGCCUGGUGUCUGGACACUAUCGGUCUGCUUUCUCACGUUUUUUUAGUUGAGGUGCGUGAGGAAGAAGACUCCCUCUCCCCGGUGUCAGCAUCCAACUCCGCCUUCCCUGGACAACUGUGAAACUAACGUUUUGUUGGACUAAUAGAUCCCCCUCUGUUUUGCCCUCGUUCUACGUUCCCCUUUUUGCCCUUCCUCAAUAAACCUUAGAGUACUACGCGGCUUAUCGUGUGCUUGAAGAUUGUUAUUCGAUAAUGAACGCUUGGAAGGACGAUCCUAACGGUUCACAAAUCGGACAGAGUGCCCCAGUUUCCGACGUUCCGUCUCAGGCAACCGAAAAGGACGCCAGUGAACUCUCGGCCGCCGAACCCCUUUCGAAGUCGGACGCUACAAUGGUGGCAGCGAACGAGCCGAGCCCGCAGCCUAAAAACAGUACAACAAACCCUGUUCAGUCUUCUUUUAAACCCUGCGACGGGAGUAAAGAUUUUUCGUGCUGGCUUCGUCGCCUUAAGUUCCACCUAGACGAUGUUCCACAAAACGAACGCAGCCGUACGGUACUUCAACAUCUAGCAGACGAUGCACUCGAUGCCGGCCUCACCCGCCACACCCCUUUCCAGGUGCUGUGCGACCAAUUGCAGAGGCUAUUUCAACCCCCAUUGACCAUAGAAGAAGCCCUUGACUAGUUAAUAAAACGUUCCUUAAGGAGCGAUGAGACCCCUCGGCAGUUCGCCGACGCCUUACUCCGGCUCGCACGCGACGCCUACCUCUCACUGUCAGAGGCCGAUAGAGACCAAGUUCAGUUCAGUUUAUUUGAGGGAAAUAUAGCUGUUGAACCUUUGAACUCCCUAUUUGUUGCCCUUCGCGCACAGUCAAACUGUCUGGAUCUGCUCCUUACGAAGUCACUGGACAGCAUUGAUGAGGUGCUAUGUGGACCCCACCCCCCCCCUAGGUCGAAGCGACCACGUCGUACUGUUGUGGUAGUUGUUCUUUACCACCUCAAACGCGGCCUCGGGUCCCAGGAGGUGACGUAUUCCCUGAGGAUUCAGCCACCGGGCGACCUCAACGAAGCCAUCCAGCGGACAUCCCGCAUGCUAGCAACCGAUGCCCCAACAGGCGAUAAGCACUCCCGGGCUGAACCGUGGAAAUCCACGCCAGACCGCAGGCAACAGAACAACACCUGGACCAGACCGCACUACCAGCCUUCACAACGAUUCAAUCGCGGCAGCCGACCCUCCACGUUCGGCACGCCCUAUCGACCCCCACCGCUCAACACUGGGCCAAGACAAUUCCGGGGAGAUAGAGACAGUACUGCGGCGGCGAUUACCAAGGAAGGUAACCACAUCAUUCCCGUCUGCUUUGAUUACGCGUCCCAUAGUUUACCGUUUUACACGACGAUUUACCUAGACAACAAACCCAUUAAGGCUUUAGUCGACACAGGUGCCACCACGUCGUUAGUUCGGCUUCUUUCAUGUUUUGUAACCUCUUGUGGUCAGUGCGGACAAUAAAGUGAUUUCCCACUAAAAAUGGUUUGAAUUGUUUGAUAAACGUAAUCAGCGCUAACAAUUCUCGUCGGUAGGUGCAGUAGUUUCGCUCGGGCUUCGAUAGGGUUUUGCUCGCAAAGCAAAUCGGUCGCUCGGCUCCUGUCUCGUCGGCUUGUGAGAGUACGCCCCCGAUCGCGAACCCGCUGGCGUCGCUAUCGUGUAUGAAGGGGGGGGGGCCCAACAGGACUCGUGUUACCGACCCUGCCUCCUGUCAUUUCGACUGUGUGAGACCAAACCCAGGUAGGUAAGAAAAGAUGACGUGGGUUAAAUGCAGCGCGAAUCUACCACCAGUCUAAACUAAUCCAGGCUCAAGUCGUUAGCGACAGCCAACUAUCAGGUGCAGUUGAAAGAAACCGUGUCAGGCGCCCAGCUUGAAUAAAGCGCAGCUGAAAUUCUUGGCUUUGUCAUCUUCUGACGGUUACUCCUCACUGCCAGCAGCACUGCGUACCUAAUGUUUGAGCAUUGAUAAUCAGUUUUAUUGCUUGCGUGAUUCUCCGCACGCCUGCCAGACGGGCUCUGAUUGAGUAGCUUCAAAAGCGAUGCUGUCUUGAUGGGCACUUUGUUGUUCUUCUGUGGCUGUCGGAGUACUUGGUCGAUGAAUUCGGCAUCUCCUUUUAUCAUGCCUUUAGUACCCUUAAGGCACCAACUUGAGAUGAAUGUGCGGUUCGCAUGGAUCUUGGCUCUGCAUUUGAUUGAAGCGUUACUUGUCUGAAUGAACUUUUAGAUUAAAAAGCGGGACAUAAACAAAAAUUGAGUUAGCAUUUACAUGGGGCUUAUUUUUGACGUCCAAAAGAAGCUACGCUGAAUUAAAAAAUGUGCUAUAUAAGCGGAAAACAGGCUUCACGGCUCAGCACAUUCUCCGUGCCUCUGCGGUUUAAAUAUGAAGCGCUGGCCUGCUGGAGCGAUUGCCUACAUCCUCCUUGGGACCAUCGUCUUUGGUCUGUGCAUUUUGAUAUUAAAUUAAAAUCCUGUAGUGUGCCCAUCUUUCUACGCAGGCAUUUUCGACGGAAUCAAAUAUUGUACAAUUAUCUGUACUGACUAAUCCACAGGAGUUGGAACUUUUUGAUUGCUACUCACCUUCUAGCAAACUACGAGCUCUGCAUUUACUUGCUGAUUGCCAUUAGUCCUGAAAAACAUGGUGGUUUUAAAGAUGCUAGUUAUUUUCCAGCUUGAAUUAAUGCGCGCACUUUUUUAGGAAAUUUUGUAGGAAACAUGUUGACGUAGGAGAAAAUAUGUUAUGCUAAUAAAAUGCUGAUUUUUUACUGCCUUUAAUUUUCAAAAUAAAAUAUGUCAAAACACGUGGGUGCUUUAAAUCACACAUCUGGUUCACACAUUUACCCUUGCGUCUGGGUGGGUAUACGCGACUUGUAGGAAGACUUACGUUAGUAGACGCAAGCUGACAUGGCUCUAGAGACCCCGCGUCUAAGUUUAGAAUCCUAACAAGGCACUGCUAUGUGAUUUUUAUGACAAAAUGGCAUGUAUUAAUUAUCUUUCAGUUAACCAAUGCACUUAAGAUUGUUUACUUACCAAACUAAUGUUCUCCAUGUCCAAACUCUCUAAAUACAUUUGCUGAACACCAUCAAUUGGAGAGUUAACGCAGGUCAGAGCUAGAGAAGAAAAAUCAGUAAUCUCAGGAAGAUAGACUGUUUUUGGCAUUUCAUUUAGUCCUGCUUGUCGCCACUGCGAACUUUAAAAUAAAAAUUUAAUGCAACUACGUCCCUGCAGGUCUGGUGAAGGCUGUCGAAAUCGAGCGCGGUUUUCCAACGGACUGUGGGUUUCCUGCCAUUCGACCGGAAUACAAAGAGGAAGCCACGAGAAUGAAGACCCGCGCAACGCCCCACAGCUGGCCUUGGCACGUAAGCAACUGAUAAUUCAGUAACAAAAUCCUGUCGGCACCAAAUAUCAAAAAAUAGAAAGGAAGCGUGGAUCGAUAACAUAUGCCAUGUAUUUGAUUUGAUUAUUGCAUUCAAGGCAAUAUCGUCCUACGGUAGCACUAAUACGAUACACCAUUUUUCGGAUAGUGAUACUAACCAUUAUACUUUACAAGCCGGUCAUCUGCGAAGUUACUUAAUUCAACUUAGUCUGAAUAUUAUUCAAGGGAAAAACUAUGUCUCGUUUUAAACUGUCGCUUAGGGACGUUAAGUCUGGUUAAACGUCAUAUACCUGAAUCGCGGUAUAAAAGUGCCACAAUGUAUAAACUGGGCCAUUUCAAUGUACUUGCAUUUUCUUAUGACUGAGUAACUUAGCAUGGCGUAUUGCAAUGGGGCAUUAUUCAUUAUAUUUAUCAUUGGUGGUUUUGACUGCGAAUCAAAAUGGAGUAGAUUUUGAAAUUGCCAAUGCAUGUAGCAGAGAUUCGUAUGCUGCCAGCUAAGAAAUGAGUAAAAAAUAGCCCAAAAUCUGACUCAAAAUGCCAGUUUACACAAGGCUUCAAAUGUUUACGCAGUAAUGUCAAUAUUAUACUUACUAUUCUCAUUCUAAACCAUUUGUAAAAACGUAGCAAGAGAGAUUUGUCCUCUCUGUUAGGGGAAGGGGGCACUGCGUUGUUCGUAGAUGCAAGUCAAGGCGACCUAAGUACUACGCGGCGAAUCCGGCCCAUUCCAUUUAAAGGUCUUACCGUUUUCCGGUCAGAUAUGUUUAUGCAGAGCACCUGAGGUAUGCGAACCCCAGCUGCCGGGAAUAUGGGAAUGGUGGUAGACGGGGUUUUAACAGGCGGGGAACGCAGAAGCGACGAAGUCGAGGAAUUGUAAGCAUAAGAGAAUCUUUUUGUGAAUGCGCGAUCGUAAUUUUGAUGGUUGAGAAAUAGUUUCCUUAAUCCCUAACCCCAAACCCUAACUGUAUUGUGUCUAUCAGAUGUGACUGCAUAACCUUAGUGCCCUCAGAACGGGCCACGUGUUAGAUGCGCUGGACCAUCACGGGGCCACAUCGGACACUGGCAGGCGUUAUAUGUGCGCAAUAACAAAUGCCAACAUUCCCGGGGUGCGCUGGCGGACCCUGUUGUCGGCAUUGGUCGAACAACUGGAUUACUGCCACCACCCCACUGUUUUGUGGUCAAAAUCCUGGUCAUUUGUGUGUGGACAAGGGGGUGCGGAUUGGAGCGCCAAGGCGAGGAUCCGUCCGAGCCAUCCACCUGCGGCCUCCCCCGUCUCCGGUCUUCUUGACUUGGUCUUGACACCGGGCCCAGGCGGGGGAGGAGGAGAGAGUGUAGGUAGAUGCUACGCAAGUCUACUGGCACUAUAAACCCCUGCGUAAGUCACCGUUCCUGCUCCCACAAUGCAGUCUGUGGGGCACACGGUGGACAUCGUCGAAAUCGACGGUCGAACUGUCGCAUAACCUUAUCUUACUAGUUUUCCUUCUUUCAAGGUGGGAUUAUGGUCGCGGGUAUUUGGCGAUCGGCCGUUCUGUGGGGGAACACUGAUCAAUCGCUCCCUCAUCUUGACAGCAGCGCACGGCGUCCUCGAUGCCAUUGGUUGCAGAUAUAACCCAUUUGACGGAUUGAUCGACAUGACCAUUACAUCCGAGCAUCCGCUCUAUGUGCUGAUUGGUGCACAUGAUUACACACAAGCUGAUCUUUCUCAGCAGCUGCGACGCGUGCAAUAUGUAGCCCUUCACCCGAAUUUCAAUGCAACAUCGUAUGAGGAUGGCUACGACAUUGCGAUAUUAAAGCUAUUUGAGCCAGGUAAUGUGUUGCACUACCGGCUGGAAAUUUCGCCAAUGUUAUUAUCAUCUGCUGUGCAAAUAGCAUCGCCAUGCUAGUUCUUCCUUAAUUUUCAAUACAUAUUUUAUUAUCAGUAUUGCUUUUUGCUUGUAGAUUGAACUACGACUAAGCCUGACGCCAUCGUUGUCUUUUUCCUUCUCUUUUUACCACUUUCGUCUUAUUUUCCUUGUUAUUUUCUAAGCGCUCCAGCUAGCUUUUUACUUGUCUUUCUAUGAAAAUCUCAACUUUUCAUAGCCAUGCGCAUAAUAUUCCUUUAAAAUUGUCAAGUAUUCAUGUUCAGCAUGCGGUUGACUGCAAAAAAAGAUGGAGAUUGGGAUGGCCAUUUCGGCCUACUUUUUUCUCAUAAGCCCGCCAUACGCAACACUGAGACUGCUAUUCUUAGGGCUUUAUGCUGCUUCCAGUUGGAUGGAAGUACAAAGGUCGUUGUUCUGUCGGUUUCUAUCGUGUGUAUUCAAUGGUAGGGGGACGCUCAUCGAUAGUGCUACGGACAUACCCGUCCUAUUGGGCCUUUGCGUCCAGGCGUAGGGUUUUUUUGCUGACAGAAUGCAAGGUCGAGCCAUGGCGAGUGCAAACCUGGGGUUUGGCUACAGCCCCCUGCUGAUGGCUAAGAAGACAGAAAUGACCAUUUCGGCCUUGAUUGGUUUCUUCAGUAAUGUUAUGCAACCUAUUCUAGCAGUCUCUCUGUGGCGGCUUUUGGAGCACUAGAUCGAGUCUCACGGCACUGUGUGAGAGGUAUUUCGCAACGCAUUUGGACACCAACCCUCCACCUUUAAAUUUAUUGUAAACUUUAAAAUCGUUGAUCUUUUUGACUGUGAGUGUGCACAUUUUCAUAACGCGACAAACAAAACGAGAAUGCCCAGUUGACGAGAUUAAGCAAAAACGCAGAAACUAAUUAUGCGAUUUUUAGACAAGCUUUUAAUCGUGAGUAUAUUUUAUUUUGAUAAUUUGCAUACACGAGCUCAUUCCUCACAGUAUCCAUCUGCUAUGCUGUUCACAAAUGAAAGUAUACUCUGAUGGUUUUGUUUGCAUACAAUUUGUCUACCAAACCUACACUCUAAGUUACUGUUUUUACGCUUUAGAGCGCAGGCCCUGGAGACAGUGGCGGCGGACUAUUCUGUCCUUCACUGGGUUGCGGAGGUUGGUUCUGGCAUGGAGUGAUUGAGAGCACACCAACAAGGAGGCCGGCAGACUAUGCAGUCGUCACCAAAGUCAAGGCUGUCCACGAAUGGCUUAAACUGACUGCGAUAUCUCUGGGCCUCUAAUGUGCGCCAUCUAUGGGGGUGUUGAUUUGGCUUGAAUAAACACAUUUUAUCCAGGAAGAAAAGCGAAAUUUCGCAGUAUGCAAAAGACGAACUAUUUCCUAUUUAAAUGCUGCGAUGCACAUCUCACAGAAUAUCUGCAGGUUUCUUGCAAUGUGAACUACUUCUGAAAUCCAGUCUAGUGCUGAGCAAAUUAAUUUAUAGCGUUGUUUAAUUAUUAGUGGUCUAAACUGCAGGCGCUAUGUUUGGCGUAAAGUAGGAGACAAUUAUCAAUGCAUGUCAAUUGGUCAUGUAAGUAGGUACCUUUUAAUAUACGGUAUUCCUUUGAAAUCAGGCAGCUGAAGGACAGGAACCUCUCGAUCGUCCUCUCAAGUCCCACAGUAAAGACUUCAUCGAUUUCCUAGCUUAGGCAUUUCAGGAGACUAUCGCGGUUCAAAUUUGUUCCGAUCAAAACAAUCGAUUCAAGUUAACGAUAACGUCUGAUUGCAUGCUUAAUAUGCCAGCAGUAGCAAUUGCUCAGAAUACCGAUUAAGAAUGAUUUAUUGUAGAGACUCCCCAGAUAUCACAGACAAUAGCACGUGAUUAGUAAGGACAUACAGUGUAAAUUUACCGCAUAUGUAAACUGUAGGCUUGUGCAAAAUUUGAAGCUGCUGAUUGGUGCAUUUUGUUCGACCUGAUGUGGCUUUGUCGGGGCACAGUCAAGAACCUGUCAAAUUCACAAUGCGUGCCUGCAAAUCGGAGUAAAAUUAAAAAUGGCUGUCUUAUAUCUGUGGCAGCCAGACAUCAUAACCGGUCUGGCGUCAUUGUUCCAGACCUCGCUGCCUCAAGGUCAUUCAUCCCUUGCAGCGAGCCGUCCCAGACGAGCUGACUUGAAGUCACCUGACCGACAGCUCGGGCAUACCUGCGUCCGCGCAGUCGCAGCUGCCCAUGCGGCCACUUGAACGCGCCACCCCCUGCAACCAGCAAAACAAGCCACUAGGACACCAUCCCUCGGCAAAUGCAACACGCUGACUGGACGCCACUUGAGCUUGGCCCACGAGCCUACAAAAGCGGCUGCCACAAUUAUCCCAGGGACUCUCAGGCCUGACUGGACGCAGUCAACACCAGCCCUGGCUUCGCCAGUGGCCACUGCCGCCUGAGAGGACAACUCCGGGUUCUGUGCACAAUAAACCCCUCAUUCUGUUGCCUUCUGACUUCUCCUUACAAUCUGGGAUUUGACUUGAUAAUUGUAGCGCACAGACAAGGACACACAGUACUUACUCUAGCCGCUUAGUCGCUACAUAUCCUUCUAGUCUUUUUUCAUAAAAUUAAUGAAGUGACGCUUCGGCCCAGGGAUAUACUAGUCCCGUUUAAAUUUCGGGCAGUUGCCAAGUUUGCCAUUAGCGUUAGGCUAGUAGUACAGUUAAGGUGGGGGUUAUAAGUGUGCUUCUGGGCACCAUCUGAUGCAUGUGCACUCCGAACCACCGACUAACACGGUGCGCUGACGGCCGUUGAUGGGAAGAUUGUCAACUGACGCUUCAAUACAGUCCACGUCAUCUCGAAGAUGCGUAUUCGCCUAGAGCCUCGCAGGAGACCACAAGGUAAACGACCCCCAGGUCAGCUGAAUGUUGCUUUGUUGUCGUUGCCCGCUCACCAUCUUCAUUUCAGCAAUGAGCUAGCUCAACGGCUAGACAACCUUCCUAUCGCUGCCGACGCCGCCGCUGCCGAGAACGCCUCCGUGGAGAACCGCUGGUGUCAACUGAGAGACACGGUUCAGUCGACGGCACUCGCCGUCCUCGGUCGCGCUCCCCGCCAACAUCAGGACUGAUUCGACGACAACGACGCCACCAUCAGAAAUCUGCUUGCUGAGAAGAACCGCCUACACAAAGCCUACGUAGAUCACCCCACUGAUGCCACCAAAGCUGCCUUCUACCGCAGUCGCCGCCAACCUCAGCAACGACUGCGCGAGAUGCAGGACGCCUGGACUGCUCGCAAAGCUGAGGAGAUCCAAAGCUACGCGGACCGCAACAAACGGAAGAACUUCUUCUCUGCGAUCAAAGCUGUCUACGGUCCGCCGACGAAGGGCACUGCUCCUCUCCUCAGCGCCGACGGUAGCACUCUCCUGACUGAGAAGACGCAAAUCCUGCAGCGAUGGGCCGAGAAUUUUCGAGGCGUCCUCAACCGCCCCUCCGUCAUCUCUGCCGCCGCCAUCGAGCGUUUGCCGCUAGUGGAGACCAACAUGGAUCUCUACCUCCCGCCAUCUCUCCAGGAAACCAUCAGGGCCGUGCAGCAGCUCUCCAGCGCGAAAGCACCCGGAUCGGACGCAAUUCCUGCUGAGGUCUACAAGCACGGAGGGCCCAACUGAUGGAUCACCUGACUGCGCUCUUCCAGGAGAUGUGGCGUCAAGGCGAAGUCCCGCAAGAUUUCAAGGACGCAACCAUCGUGCAUCUCUACAAGCGAAAAGGGAAUCGCCAAGUCUGCGACAAUCACCGUGGCAUCUCCUUGUUAAACAUCGUCGGGAAGAUCUUCGCACGAAUCCUCCUCAACCGUCUCAAUAACCAUCUCGAACAGGGCCUUCUGCCCGAAAGCCAAUGCGGCUUCCGUCGUCAUCGUGGGACCACGGAUAUGAUCUUCGCCGCCCGUCAACUCCAGGAGAAGUGUCAGGAGAUGCGGACCCACCUGUAAUCUACCUUCGUGGACCUGACGAAAGCCUGCGACACAGAGAAUCGUGAAGGACUGUGGAAGAUCAUGCAGAAAUUCGGCUGUCCGGAGCGAUUCACUCAGAUGGUGCGUCAGCUGCACGACGGUAUGAUGGCGCAAGUCACGGACAACGGAGCUGUCUCAGAGGCAAUCGCAGUGACCAAUGGAGUGAAGGAGGGCUGCGUACUGGCGUUUAUCCUCUUCAGUCUUAUGUUCUCUGCCAUGCUGAUGAACGCCUAACGCGACGAACGCCCCGGGAUCCGCAUCGCCUACAGGACAGACGGUCGCCUCCUGAAUCAACGGCGGAUGCACUUCCAAUCGCGCGUAUCCACAACUACCGUUCACGAACUCCUCUUCGCCGACGACUGCGCCCUGAACACCACCUCGGAAGAGGAGAUGUAACGGAGGAUGGACCUGUUCUCCGCCGCCUGUAAGAACUUCGGUCUGGUCAUUAACACGCAGAAGACGGUGGUGAUGCACCAACCGCCACCCAACUCAGCCACUGCCCCCAACGCGCCGCCGCAAAUCAGCGUGAACGGAACCCAACUGCAAGUGGUGUAGAACUUCCAGUACCUGGGCAGUACUCUCUCCCGCAACACCAAGAUCGAUGACGAAGUCGCCAACUGGAUCUUGAAAGCCAGUCAAGCCUUCAGUCGCCUCCAAAGCACAGUUUUGAAUCGCCACGGUCUUCAACUGAGCACGAAACUGAAGAUGUACAAAGCAGGCAGGCCGUCUGAACCACUUCCACCUCAGUUGUUUUCGUCGCAUCCUGAGUCUGAACUGGCAGGAUCAAAUCCCCGACACUGAUGUGCUGAAACGGAUGGGAAUCCUCAGCAUCUACACUAUGCUGAUACAAAUGCAGCUGCGUUGGAGCGGUCAACUGGUGCGCAUGGACGUUGAGCGACUACCCAAACGACUCUUCUACUGAGACGUCGCGACGGGUUCUCGCCGCCAAGGAGGCCACAUUCGCCGUUACAAGGACACUCUGAAGACCUCUCUGAAGCGCCUGAAAGUCAACCCCACCAACUGGGAGGAGCUCGCACUCGAUCGCUCGACCUGGAGGAGGACAGUGAAGACAGGCGCUGCGAUCUACGAAGCCAACCGCAUCGCUGCCGCCAAAGCGAAACGCGAAGCCCGCAAAUCACUACUUCGCCCAGUACACAACGCCGCCACACAACCGCUUCCCACGUGUCCUCGAUGUCAACGGACAUUCCGGGUUCAAAUCGGACUUGUUGGACACCUUCGGAUCAACUGCGCCUCUCGAACGACACCAACCAUCGUCCCCCCACCCGCCUCUUCCUCCCCUCCGCCGCCAACUAACCCUGACAAUUCUUCUGACCCACCACUUCCAUCAUCCUCCUCCUCCUCCCCCACCAAUGCCCCAACGGCGGCCGCUCACGCGGCCGUCUCGCACAUCACCAACCGCGACACAACAACAGACACCACCCCUACCUCUCCCGACUCCAAAGAUGAGGAUCAGGACAACACCUGCCCUCACUGCGACCGCACCUUCACCUCACACAUCGGCCUGGUCGGUCACUUGCGAAUCCAUCGCACAGGGACUGGCGAGCCAGUGCCUGGAGCACCAACCUACACACACCGCACUCGCCUCCACUGCCCACCCUGCCCUCGCACCUUCACGCAUCGCAUGGUUCUAUUCGGCCACAUGCGCAUUGACGAGAUCGGAAUUGACCACAAUUCUGACACACCCACCACAUCCAACACACCCACCAGGCCGAGCACCACCCUCGCUCCAUCGCCACACGCGCCCAUCACCACCACCACCACCACCGCUUCCUCUACAGCUGACACCAACAACGUCGACCUCUCAUGCCCACACUGCCCACGCACGUUCACCUCACGCAUCGGCCUGGUCGGUCACUUGCGAAUCCAUCGCACAGAGACUGGCGAACCAGUGCCUGGAGCACCAACCUACACCCACCAAGCUCGUCUCAACUGCCCACACUGCCCUCGCACUUUCAGGCAUCGCAUGGGCCUAUUCGGACACAUGCGCAUCCACGACGACCUGCGGUAG